UUUACCUUUAUCAUAAAUCCUUACUUCCACAUGACAAUUUAAAAAAAGCAAAUCCACUUUUAGGUAAGCAAAACACUGAAACUCCGAACAACGACCAAACACAAUAUGGUCGAAGUCCUGAUGGAGUCAGGAGGUCAGGAGGUCGUGGUGCCAGAAACCGGAGUUUCUCGUGCGACAAUGCCCUCGGAGUACACGCCAAAACUCGACACGCUCCCAGCCACUGACAUCAGUAACAGUACCCAGAUGAUCUCUGCUGGGGAGCUCACCCCCAUCCAGGAAUUUUAUGCCGGCCAGAGCAUCUUUAUAACCGGUGGCACGGGUUUCAUGGGCAAGCUAUUGGUGGAAAAGCUUCUGCGCAGUUGUUCCAACUUGGCCUUCAUUUACCUGCUUGUCAGGCCGAAGAAAGGCAAGGACGUGCAUCAGCGCACCGAAGAACUGUUUGACGAUCCCUUGUUCGCGAAACUAAAAGAGGAGCAUCCAAAGUUCCGCCACCAAAUCAUCUCAGUAUCCGGAGACUGUAGCCUUCCAGGUUUGGGGAUGUCACCGGCCGAGCGAGCUCUUCUCGUUCGCGAGGUCUCGAUAGUUUUCCACGUGGCUGCCACCGUGAGGUUCGACGAGAAGCUCAAGCUCGCCGUCUCCAUAAACGUUCAGAGUCCCAGAGACAUAAUGAGCCUCUGCAAGGAAAUGCCGAAGCUCAAGGCUUGUAUUCACGUAUCCACCGCGUACGCGAAUUGCGUUUACAAUCCAAUCGAGGAGAAGUUCUACGAUGUACCGAUCGAUGGAAUUAAACUUAUCUCGCUCGUUGAGUGCAUGGACGAUAAGCUCGUCGACGACAUCUCCCGACCACUUUUGGGAAAGUGGCCGAACACGUACACAUUCACAAAAGCUGUUGCAGAGAACAUCAUUCGUAAAGAAGGCGCUGACAUUCCCGUUGGAAUAUUCAGACCUGCUGUCGUAAUAUCGACGUAUCAGGAACCGAUCAGAGGUUGGAUCGACAACAUGUACGGGCCAACUGGUGUGGCCGCUGGUGCGGGCACGGGUUUGCUGCGCACGAUACACUGCGAUGGCUCGAUGAAGGCAAACGUUGUUCCAGGUGACAUGACCGUGAAUACUCUGAUUGCCAGUGCCUGGGAUGUCGCCAACAUUAAAAAUAAUAACAAAAAUAGCAACGAAAUACCGAUCUACAACUACGUGGCAAAAGAUAAUCCAAUCACAUGGGAUGGUCUCAAGGAACUGGGAGCCAAGUACGGGCUCGAUAUACCACCGUCUCGUGCUGUUUGGUAUUACAGCUUUAGAAACACCAAAAGUAGACUCCUUCACCUCUUCUAUGUAUACUUCCUGCACUUGCUACCUGCUCUACUUGUCGAUACUGUUACCAUUUGCCUGGGAAAAGAGCCUAGGAUGCUCAAAGUGUACAAAAAAAUUCACAAGUUCAUGGAUGUUUUGAACUACUUCACGACGAAAGAGUGGUCAUUUACAAACGGUGCAGUUCACGCUCUCGUCGAUAAACUGGACAACAGGGACCGAACGCUGUUCAACAUGGACAUGAGAGACGUGGUCUGGGACACGUACUUUCAGAAUUACAUGAGAGGCAUCAGACUUUAUCUCAUUAAGGAUCCCAUCGACACUCUACCCCAAGCACGAGUCAGAUGGCAGAGAAUGUACUGGCUACACCAGGGACUUAAAGUCAUCCUGGCCUACGGCUUCCUGAGGAUUUGUUGGUUUGCGCUAAACACGUUCAUCUCCAUAAUUUGGUAAUGAAAGGACUGAUCAACACCGUUUCAUCGACUGAUUGUCGACUUGGAUUGAACCUUAAGCUUACGUCAUUCGACUCGGACCAAAUGACAACGGUAUGCGUCUUGCGAGAAACAAGAAGAUAUAUUUUUAACACUCAACCUGACUCAUUAUUCGUGUUUACCGUUCGAAACAAGUCGAUGAGAAUGUCAGGGAAGACGAUGAGCACUUUGUUCGUCCCGUGUUGUUGUUAAUGUAUACGAACGCAAUUUGUGUCUUUAGUGUAGCAAGUUUCAUGAGGUACAAAAGCAGAAGCUUAAUUCGCGAGGCACGUACCAAACUUAUCAAUAGAGAUUUACGAUGUACAACUUAAUCGUACGAACAAGGUCACGUUGACGCGCUGCGUGUAAAUAUGUAAUGUUAAAUGUUAUUGAAAUUGCCUGUAACUUUUAAUUGUUUUCAAGAUCAUAUUUAAUUAUGUUUUGUAGGGUCUUGUGGUUAAACUUGUCAAUUUUACUCAACAGACAACUAUUCUUGAUAGGAUGUAUUGAAAAGUGUACAAUAAAAUUUAGUUUCAAAGUUUGGUAAUAAGAAUAAUAGAGAUAAGUUAUUCUACAUUUAAUUA